AUGCGCUCCUUUCUCACUAUGUAUCAGCCGAAAAUUCUUUCCUUUGUACUGUCACCCAUCUUCAUCAAGACUCUACUUGUCACCGUCAUCAUUCUUACUUCUAUUCGUACGAUCUUUCUCUACUAUGAGGUGUCUAUUACCACAGCUCUCGAACACGCCGCCGCCACCUCGCCUCUUCGACCUUCAAAGGAGGCUGGCUGUCUCCCGCAGCUCUCCCCAGACCUGUCUGAAAACCUUCAACUUCUACAGUCAUCAUGCCGAUCUUCCCUCCACGACCCAAAAUCCCACAUUCGAAUCACCACCGUGACGGCACAAUUUGGAAACAUUCGAGAAUACUAUCAGAACGCGUUACAGUCACAUGUCCUACAUACCACACUUCAUGGCAAUGGGCUCGAAGUCAUGUGUACGCCUGUUGUAGAUGACCUAUGGAACAAGCCAGCCUAUAUUUUGUCUCUACUGCUCGAUGAGAUGCUCAAACCACCAGAAGAACGGACGGAAUGGCUCUUCUGGGUCGACCGCGACACGAUAAUCCUAGACCAAUGCCGUCCGAUAUCGAGCUUCCUUCCACCCCGAAUCCUUAAUCGAGUUGCUGCCAGCACGAAGGCCCACGAAGCAACUCCGAAAGACGAAGACGUACACCUCAUAGCGGCCGAUGAUUGGAAUGGUCUCAACAACGGGGUCUUUUUUCUGCGCGUCGGCCAAUGGGCCAUCGAACUCUUCAGCGCCAUCAUGGCCUUUCGCCACUUCCGACCUGGCACCGAGCUCCGAUUCACAGAGCAGAGUGCCAUGGAGAUACUGAUAAAGGAGAAGAGAUUCAAGAAGGGGGUGCGAAUGGUACCUCAGACCUGGUUCAACUCGUAUCCUGGCAGCCUCAAGGCCUCGACCUAUCUCGAGGGGAAUGACGAAAAGGGGCUCUCGGAUUGGCAGACGAGACGCGGCGACUUUCUGAUCCAUUUUGCUGGAUUCGGCGAGGACGACCGUGCCAGAAGUAUGAAUAGCUGGCUGGACAUGCUGGGGAAGACGCACUUUACACUGGAAGCUGGGAGGGUGCAGAGGAACGCCACACCGGACAUCGAAGCAUACUGGGAAGAUCUAGAACCGAUAGAGAUACAAUGA